AAGCAAUUCUCCAUAUAAAAGGUAAGGAAGCGAUAGACCUCUGAGUUUUCAGUUGCAUUCAGCCAUGGCUUCCAAUGCAGCUCUUGCUUCCACAAGAAUCCCCACAAUCACGAGGCUUCCCUCCAAACCCUCCCUCUCAACCUCUUUCCCUUCCCAAUGCUCCACCAAGAGAUCGGAAGUGGCUGAAUUCUCCGGGCUCCGAUCCAGCGGGAGUGUGACCUACGCCAAGUAUGUCAAGGAUUCAUCCUUCUUCGACGUCGUGUCUGCCCAAUUUACCCCUAAGGCUGCAGGAUCAGCAAUUGCUAAGGUCGAGACAGUUGCGAAACUGAAGGUAGCGAUCAACGGAUUCGGACGUAUCGGCCGGAACUUUCUCCGGUGCUGGCACGGCCGGAAAGACUCCCCACUCGAAGUCGUAGUUGUCAACGACAGUGGUGGUGUCAGGAACGCUUCUCAUUUGCUGAAAUAUGACUCAAUGUUGGGUACCUUCAAAGCCGAUGUUAAAGUAGUCGAUAACGAGACAAUUAGUGUCGAUGGAAAGCAAAUUAAGGUUGUGUCUAGCCGAGACCCACUCAAACUUCCAUGGGCCGAAAUGGGCAUCGACAUUGUUAUUGAGGGUACUGGAGUGUUUGUGGAUGGGCCAGGUGCUGGCAAGCACAUCCAAGCCGGUGCUAAAAAAGUUAUCAUCACUGCACCCGCAAAAGGUGCCGAUAUUCCAACAUAUGUUGUUGGUGUUAACGAACAAGACUAUGGCCAUGAUGUCGCCAACAUUGUCAGUAACGCUUCUUGCACCACCAACUGCUUGGCUCCUUUCGUGAAGGUAUUGGACGAAGAAUUCGGUAUCGUGAAGGGAACAAUGACUACAACUCACUCGUACACCGGUGACCAGAGGCUACUGGAUGCUUCACACAGAGACUUGAGGAGAGCUCGAGCUGCGGCCUUGAACAUCGUCCCAACCAGCACAGGUGCAGCCAAGGCGGUGUCGUUGGUGUUGCCGCAGCUGAAGGGCAAGCUGAACGGAAUUGCGCUUCGUGUUCCGACGCCUAAUGUUUCAGUGGUUGACCUUGUCAUCAACGUCGCUAAAAAGGGGCUCACGGCGGAGGACGUCAAUGGGGCUUUCCGGAAAGCGGCGGACGGGCCGUUGAAAGGAAUCUUGGCUGUUUGCGACGAGCCGCUCGUGUCGGUAGACUUUAGGUGCUCUGAUGUUUCCUCGACUAUUGACUCGUCGUUGACGAUGGUUAUGGGCGAUGAUAUGGUUAAGGUUGUCGCUUGGUACGACAAUGAAUGGGGAUACAGUCAACGUGUGGUAGAUUUGGCACAUUUAGUGGCGAGCAAAUGGCCGGGGGAAGAGGCAACUGGAAGCGGAGAUCCGUUGGAGGAUUUUUGCAAGACGAAUCCUGCAGAAGAGGAGUGCAAAGUUUACGAAUUUUGAUUUGCUUGAAAUAUCAUCACUAUGCAGCAUCAUGUAUUUUGUAAAUUUAACAUUUGAACGACCAUGAAAUUUGAUUUCAAAUUUUGAUUUCAUGGUGAAAACAAAGGGCAUACUUUUUUUACAUAUCUUUAUAAAUAUUUAAAUUAUCAUAUUCUA